AUGUAUUCCACGGCCACAAAGUCUCCACCACCAACAGCACCGCCAAUGUAUGGCCAGCCAACAACUGGCUUUCCGGUGAAGUCCGCCAACUACUACCCUAAUGACAACUUCCAAGGACCACCUCAAGUUCUUCCCAGUACUCCUGCCCAGUGGUCGACCGGUCUCUGUGACUGUUUCUCCGAUGUCCCAAACUGUUGUUUAACAUGUUGGUGUCCAUGCAUUAGUUUUGGACAAAUUGCAGAGAUUGCUGAUAAAGGAUCAUCCUCUUGUGGUGUAAGUGGAGCAUUAUAUGCUCUGAUACAAAUUCUCACUGGUUGUGGAUGCAUUUACUCUUGCGUCUACCGUUCCAAGCUGAGGCGACAGUACAUGUUGCCCGAAAGCCCUUGCGGCGAUUUUCUAGUGCAUUGCUGCUGUGGACCAUGUGCCAUAUGCCAAGAGCACCGUGAGCUUCAAAACCGUGGAUUCGACAUGUCCCUUGGGUGGCAUGGAAAUAUGGAGAGACAGAAUGCUGGAGUGGCAAUGGCACCAGCAGUUCAAGGGGGAAUGUAUCGAUAA